AUGGAGAAGAAAAUUAUGACUUUCGCUGCGCUGGUGAUUAUGGUCGUCGUCCUCAAUGCAUGUCCUGCAAUUGGAGGAUGCGACGAAGCCUUAGUCGAGUUGUUGCCCUGUGCCACGUUCGUGAUGGGUCCUGCAGAAGGAACUCCCCCUCCUGCGUGUUGUGAAGGUAUGAAGCAUGUCGUUGGUGGAGCAGAUACCGCUGAGAAUCGCAGGAGUCUUUGCCAAUGUUUGAAAGACACAGCUGUUAAAAAUGAGGUUAAAAUCAAGCCUGAAAACAUUAAGCAUGCUGUUGAUGCUUGUGGCGUUAAAAUCCUUGUUCCUAUUGAUCCUAAUAUCGACUGCAGCAAAAUUCCGGCGUUUUAA